UAUAAAGGGACGCUCCGCCCCUGCUCGCGCAGACCAAGACUUGGAAAUUGAAUGUUUACGGCAUGGCACUAUUUGCCUUUCUCCCAGCUAUAAGAGAGCUCAUCUAAAGUUCUAAACCAAGCCCAACUUACAUGACUAGAAAUUCGCAGCAGCUAUAAGCAUGUCAAAUCACCGUAAUCCCUGUCUUGUUCUCUUCCAUGUUGUUUUCCUUUCUCUACUUCCAUUGAAGAUCACGUGUUCAGCCAGAACGCAAGCAGAAGCACUCGUUCAAUGGAAGAACAGCUUGUCUUUUUCGCCACCUUCUCUCAACUCUUGGUCCUUGUCCAAUCUCAACAACCUCUGCAACUGGACUUCCAUUACCUGCGAUGGCACUGGAACAGUCUCCGAAAUCAACCUCUCCAAUGCAAACAUGUCUGGUUCCAUCGCCCAAUUCAACUUCACUCCAUUUGCCAAUCUCACGCGCCUUGGCCUCAUCAAUAGCAGUAUGGAAGGGCCAAUACCGUCCGCAAUUGGUACUCUGUCCAAACUCCUCGUCUUGGACUUAAGCAACAAUUCUUUUGAAGGAAACAUACCAUCGGAGAUAGGUCGUCUAACGGAGCUUCAAUAUCUGAGUCUAUUCAACAACAAUCUCAAUGGUACCAUCCCUUCUCAAGUUAGCAAUCUCCAAAAAGUAAGGCACCUCGACCUUGGAUUCAACUAUUUUGUUUCUAUUGACUGGUCGGAUUUCUUGGUCAUGCCUUUGUUGACACACCUAGGCUUAGAUUACAAUGAGCUUGAAUCGGAAUUCCCACAAUUUAUACUCAACUGCCGUAAUCUUACAUUCCUAGACUUGUCACUGAAUAAGUUGACUGGUCCAAUACCGGAAUCAUUGUACACCAACCUGAGCAAGCUUGAGUAUCUUAAUCUCACUAACAAUGUCUUUGAAGGACCAUUGUCAUCGAACAUUUCCAAGCUUUCCCAACUCAUAGAUCUCCGACUGGGAACCAACCAGUUAACCGGUUUAAUUCCUGAGACUAUAGGAACCAUGUCUAAUCUUGAAACUGUUGAGUUGCUUGAGAAUUCGUUUGAAGGGAAUAUUCCAUCUUCUUUAAGCCAACUAAAAAAGCUGAAGAGACUUGACCUCCGCUCGAAUGGUUUAAAUGCUACAAUCCCAUCCGAGCUUGGUUCCUGUACUAAUCUUACCUUUUUGGCUUUAGCCAGGAAUCAAAUGAGUGGGAGGUUGCCUAUGUCCUUGUCACAACUCACAAAAAUAAUUGAGUUGGGUUUAUCUGAAAAUUUUUUUGUUGGUCAGAUCCCACCAUCUCUCAUUUCUAAUUGGACCAACUUGAUCUCUUUGCAACUUCAAAACAAUUUAUUCACGGGAAAGAUUCCACCAGAAAUUGGCCUAUUGUCAAAGCUCCAGAUCCUCUUUCUCUAUAACAAUACACUCUCAGGCUCAAUUCCUUCAGAGAUUGGGAACUUGAAGUCCAUGCUUAUUCUCGACCUUUCAGGAAAUCGGCUAUCGGGUCCAAUUCCUCUUAGUAUAUGGAGUCUUUCAAACCUUACAGCUUUACAGCUUUUCUAUAAUGAGCUUAACGGCACAAUUCCACCAGAGGUUGGAAACAUGACCUCCUUGGAGUCUCUUGAUCUCAACACAAACUUCUUGGAUGGGGAAUUACCGGACAUAAUUUCUAACCUCACUAACCUGAAAGCUAUCUCCCUGUUCACCAAUAGCUUUUCAGGGAGCAUUCCUCGGGAUUUUGGGAAAUAUAGCCCUAAUUUGGUUUAUGUUAGCUUUUCGAACAAUAGCUUCUCUGGAGAAUUGCCCCCUGAAUUAUGCAGUGGCUUUGUUCUUCAAAAUCUCACGGUAAAUGGGAACAACUUCACAGGGUCAUUGCCAGCUUGCUUGAGGAAUUGUAGACGGCUAUUAAGAGUCCGGUUAGAUGGGAAUCAGUUUACGGGUAACAUCACCGAUGCAUUUGGGGUUCAGCCUUCUCUUGACUAUAUUUCUCUUAGUGACAAUCAAUUUAUUGGUGAAAUCUCUCCAGAUUGGGGAGAGUGCCAAAAUCUCACCAAUCUAGAAAUGGACAACAACAAAAUUUCUGGUGAAAUCCCUAUUGAGCUGGGGAAGUUGAGUCAGUUGGGUGUCCUAAACUUGGCGGCCAAUGAGUUGACAGGGGAUAUUCCUUUUGAAUUGGGAAAUUUGAGCAUGUUGUUCAACCUCAAUUUGAGCCAGAACCAUCUCAUAGGUGGGAUCCCUUUUAUUGUUGGCAACUUAGAGAGGUUAGAGUACCUUGAUUUGUCGAGGAACAAAUUGACAGGAGUAAUACCACAAGAUCUUGAGAAGUGUGAAAAAUUACUGAGCUUGAACUUGAGUCAUAACAAUUUAUCUGGUGAAAUUCCACGUGAGCUAGGUAGCUUCUCGGGUUUGCAGUACUUAUUAGAUCUUAGUAGCAAUUCACUCUCAGGCGCAAUCCCUCGAGACCUAGGGAAGCUUGCAUCAUUGGAGAUUCUUAAUGUUUCACAUAACCAUCUCUCUGGAAGAAUCCCAACUUUGUCCACCAUGAGUAGUCUUCGUUCAUUUGAUUUUUCCUACAAUGAGUUAACUGGCCCUAUCCCAAGGGAUAGAAUAUUCCAAAAUGCUUCUGGAAAUGCUUUUGCUGGAAACUCAGGUUUGUGUGGAGAUGUUGAAGGAUUGACUUCUUGCACUUUAAAUCUUCCAAAGAGCAAGCCCAGUAACAACAAGAUUCUUAUCGCUAUCAUUGUUCCUAUCUGUGGCAUAUUAAUUCUAGCAGCAAUAGCCGCUGGAGUGUUAAAAUAUCACCAGCAAAGCAAAUUCCUUGAUGAGGAGACUAAAGGUAGUAAAAGGACGGAUGUUUUUGAGUCAACCAUUUGGGAAAGAGAAGGAAAAUUCACAUUUGGUGACAUUGCAAAAGCCACAGAAGGCUUUAAUGAAAAGUACUGCAUCGGAAGAGGAGGAUUUGGGAGAGUUUAUAGAGCAGUGUUGCCCACAGGUCAAGUAGUUGCCGUUAAAAAACUCAAUUUGUCAGAUUCUAGUGACAUUCAAGCAACAAAUCGCAAGAGUUUUGAGAAUGAGAUUCAAAUGUUGACAGAAAUUAGGCAUCGAAAUAUCAUAAAGUUGUACGGGUAUUGUUCUAGAGAAGGGUGCAUGUACUUGGUCUAUGAAUAUGUGGAAAGAGGUAGUUUGGGAAAUGUAUUGUAUGGAGCACAAAGGGGAGUGGAGCUAGGAUGGGCUACAAGGGUGAAAAUUGUGCAAGGAUUAGCUCAUGCAAUUUCUUACUUGCAUCAUGAUUGCUCUCCACCUAUUAUACACCGAGACAUAUCUUUGAAUAACGUUCUUCUUGAGGAAGAAUUUGAGUCAAGACUCUCAGAUUUUGGCACUGCAAGGUUGUUGAAUCCAAAUUCAUCGAACUGGACCACAGUUGCAGGGUCUUAUGGGUACAUGGCACCAGAGCUUGCACUCACAAUGCAGAUCACAGCUAAAUGUGAUGUUUACAGCUUUGGAGUAGUGGCAUUAGAGAUUAUGAUGGGAAAACACCCAGGCGAGCUCUUGAAUUCCUUGUCAUCGGUGACUUUGUUAUCCAACAAUAAGGAAUUGCUUUUGAAGGAUCUGUUAGACCAACGGCUUCCACCUCCUACGGCCGAAAUAGCAGAGGAGGUUGUAUUUGUUGUCACCAUGGGCCUAGCAUGCACACGGUCUAAAUCGGAGGCACGACCGACCAUGCGUUUUGUGGCUCAAGAAUUAUCAGCAAGAACGCAAGCUUGCUUGGCCGAGCCACUGGGAACAAUAACUAUUAGCAAGCUAACUAGCUUUCAGAAAUAGAACAAGAUUGAAAUAAUAGAGUGUUAUGUAUUGCAGCCCACAUAACCGAUAAAAAGAUGGGAUUUCCAAUGAUCAAAAGGUCAUUGGCUACAAAGCAAUCCGGGUUGAGGACCAAUGUUCCCUAACUGUACAUUUUCUCCAUACUUCAUCUACCAAUAACGGAAUUGCAAAAGCAAUAUUCAACAUUUUUGUGCAUAACCCCUUUUCUUUUUCUAUUGUGGAAACUUUAGUCUUUGUAGCUUUCUGAGUGGAAUACAUAUUAAAGAAUAGAUGGUGAUUGGUGGGGUAAGAGUUAGUAUCACCUUUGUUAUUAUUAUUUUAUUUCUGUGGUAUGAAAUUGACUUUUUAA